UCUAAUUCCAAAUCACCUCAGAUCAGAAGCUGUCCGAAUUCCCACCGUCUCUCUCUGUCUUUUCUCUCCCUCCGAUCUCUGUUUCUUAAGAUCUCGUUUUACAAGGUAUGUUCUCUGGCUAAACCCAGAUCCGCAAUUGCUAUCACUUCUUCUUUAAUUCAUAAAUUUCGCACAUUUCAUUUCAUCUCUUUCUUUCAUUUUUUAAUAAAAAAUUACAAAUUAAGCAAUAAACCAUGAAUUCCAAUUACGGAAAACCUAAAGGAUCGACAUCUGGUUCACUCAAUAGCUUUAAUUUUGACUUCGAUCUGGGUAUCGGGUCCGGUCGGCCCAAGUCACUUAAUGACCAAAAGAGCGGAGCCACUUCGUCGUUUAAAUCUUCAUAUUCGUCAUCUACGACUACACAGACUCAGUCAAAGCCCGCGUGGCAGCCAAACAAGCCAUCGUGGACUCAUCAACCGGCACCGAGUCAAUCCAGGUUGCAAAAUGCACCCACUUCUAUGGUGGGUGAUAUACAUGGCAAAAGUUGGGCCGCUUCAGGCCCGGCUAAAUCGAAUUCUGGGAUCGGGAUUGGGAUAGUUGAUAAGAAUCCGAAUUUGUUUGGUGAUCUUGUUAGCUCUGCUUUAGGUCAGGGCGAGAGUAAUAGUAAUGUUCCUUUGAAAAAUGCAACACCAGUGGCAUCGAAUAAGAGUUCAUAUUCGAUGGGUAAUCUGGCUAAUUCAUUACCGAAAACAAGUAAUGCAUCGAAAAGUAGUGGAAAUUGGGGAUCUGGAGAGAUUUUUGGGAGUUAUACUGGUGGAUUUAAUAGUGGUGGUGGUAGUAAUGUGAAUCUGAAUUCGAAUGUGAAUGUUAAUACUAAUGUUCUUGGGGGUCCGCCAAUGAAGAGCAUGACUGGAAAUGGGAUGCGUGCCCAUAAGGACCCUUUUGGUUCUCUGUUUGAUACGGGAUUGAAGCAGUCAGGUGGCCUUAAUUCAGCUAGUAAACAGAAUACUAAGAGUAGGGCUGAUGAUUCUUUUGGGGAGUUCCAGAAUGCAUCUAAACCUAGCACAACAACAUUUCCUUCUAGCGGUUUUGCUUCAAGUAAUAAUGAUUUUAUGGGAUCCAAUUUAGAAUCUGGUUUUGGGGCAUUCAAGGAUCAUGGUUCUCAGAAUAAGUCCUCUGGUCAAAGUCAAGGUACUGGUAGUGAUCCACUUGACAUGUUCUUUUCCUCAUCAUCAGCUGCAACAGGAAGUGCUGCUACUGUAUCUAGUGGAGGGCAGCAGUUUUCAGAAGAUGACUGGGGAUUGGAAUCUGAUUUUGGAGGAGGAAAUGAUACUGGUGGUUCUACCACUGAACUUGAAGGACUGCCUCCUCCUCCAACUGGGGUAACUGGUCCUGCCGCAAAGAACAAAGGUAUAGAUAAUCAAAAGGCAGGCCAAUAUGCUGAUGCUAUUAAGUGGUUGUCUUGGGCUGUUAUACUUUUUGAGAAAUCAGGCGACAAGGAUGCUACAAAGGAGGUUUUAUCGACCAGGGCUUCGUGCUAUAAAGAAGUUGGGGAGUAUAAGAAGGCCGUGGCUGACUGUUCAAAGGUGCUAGAACAAGAUAAAGCAAAUGUAUCCAUUCUUGUACAGCGUGCACUCCUGUAUGAAAGCAUGGAAAAGUAUAAACUUGGGGCUGAAGACCUGAGGACCGUCCUGAAGAUUGAUCCUACGAACCGGAUUGCGAGAAGUACAAUUCAUCGCUUGACAAAAAUGGCAGACUAGAGAGAUUUUGGGAUAAUUUUUUGUUUGUGUUAGCUCCUUGAUUUAGCUCAAUACCUUUUCCCCUCUUACCAUAGGAAGUGGGCAAGUAUAGCAAUUUUCCAUGAUAUGUGGAUUUCAUAUUAUCAGUGUGUCCUUCUGGAGGAUUUUAAUGUGCGUGAUAUCUUUUAUUGUUUUGCGACUGGAAAUGAUUUUCCUUUUUUAGCAUUAAAUGGCCUUCAGAAUUUGCCGUAGGUUUGUCAACUGUACUGUAUUUUUCAUAGAUAUGAAACUAUUAAAUUCAUUGCCUUCU